AUGGUUGCAGCAGAGUCUUAUGAGGGCCCUGAGAAGCUCAGAGGCAAUGAGGAGUCGGUAGCUGUCUCUAUCGAUGAAGCGACUGUGGCGGACUGGACGGAGGAGGAGGAGAACCGAGUCAGACGGAAGAUCGAUUUCAUCCUCCUCCCAAUCCUCGGCCUUGCUUUCUUCGCCCUGCAAAUGGACCGGGGCAAUAUCUCGAAUGCCCUGACCUCGACCAUCACCGAAGACCUGGGCGUUACCACGGAUCAGAUCAACAAUGGCAACAGCUUGCUUUCGAUGGGCAUCGUGCUCUUGGAGAUUCCUUCCAAUCUUUUGCUUCAGAAGAUCGGUGCUCGGAAUUGGCUUACCUUCCAAAUCAUCGCUUGGGGCCUGGUCGCUACGCUGCAGAACUUCAUCACCAACUACGCCAGUUACAUUGUCACACGUCUGCUCCUUGGCUUUCUCGAAGCCGGCUUCAUCCCGGAAGGCGCCCUCUAUACCAUGUCGACCUGGUACAAAAAGUCGGAGACGAGUCUGCGCGUGUCCAUCUUCUUCCUUGGAAACCUCCUGGCCUCUGCGACUGUCUCGCUCAUCGGCGCUGGGAUUCUCUCCAUGUCGGGCCGAUACGGGGUUUCUGGCUGGCGCUGGCUAUUUAUCAUUGAGGGCAUCAUCACCGUCGGUGUCGGCCUCAUCUUCAUGCUAUUCCUCCCCCAGAGCGUCUCAAACAGCUCGCCUCUAAUCAGUGGCGGCAAAUGGAGCUAUUUCUCCUCGCGCGAACAUUACAUCCUUGUCCGACGCACGCUGCUCGACGACCCGGCCAAAUCCAAAGGUCAAGUCCGGAUCUCGCGGCGCGACAUCACGAGCACGCUAAGCAAUCCGCGCAUCCUCCUCCAUGUCUUCAUCACACUCGCAUGCACUAUCUCUGUCAGCGCCGUGCAGACUUACGCGCCGUCCAUCGUCAAGAGCAUAGGCUUUGGCGCUGUGCAGGCGAACGCCUUGGUCUCCGUCGGCAGCUACAUCGCCGCCAUCGUUGUGCUUGUCCUGGGUUGGAUUUGUGAUAAAACUGGCCGCCGGGGCCCAUCCGCCACUUUUGCAGCCCUGUGGUGUGUUAUUGCCUAUGUGUGCCUCCUUGAAUCCGUCCAUUUCUCCAAAUGGAAACGGUAUGCUGCUAUUGUCGCCGCGACCGCCACCAAUUCUACUGUCCACAUCAUCAAUGUCGGCUGGCUAUCUGUCAACUGCCAGAGUCCCCAGGAACGCAGCAUCAGCAUGUGUAUGGUCAUCAUGGCUGCCAAUGCCGGUGGUAUCGCAGGUGGACAGGUCUUCCGCACCAGCGAUGCACCCCUGUACAUCCACGCCUUCACGGCCAUGCUUGCGCUCGCCUCCGCAGGUCUGGUGGCGGUCCUCGGCCAGAUGGCCUGGUACUUCUCCAGCAAUCGCCGGCUGGCUAAGAGUGGCAAGACCCAUACAGUUACCACGCACUCCAACGGGGCUGAGAUCACGGCCACAUGGUGGUGGACAUGGUGA